UCUGUCUGUCUAUCUAUCUGUCUGAAUAUGUGUCUGUCCACCUAUCCAUCUAUUGUCUUCUCUAUUUCUCCUAUCAGGACGUUUUCCAUCGUUUUGACAAAGAUCAAAGUGGACUCAUGAACCUCUUUGAGCUUCGCGAUGCUCUCAGUGCGUUAGGUUAUCGACUCAGCAACACAGCUCUUAGUUCCAUCCAUGUGCAGUAUCACAACAAGAAAGGAACCAUCCCAUUCGACAUAUUUAUACAGAUUUUAGUGCGGGUGAUAAUGAUGUUUGAACCUCUUGACAGGGGAGUGGCUAGGAUCGUGGACAGCAAUACGCCACUUAUUCCAGGGGAGGACAAGGAGAUGAAGGAGGCGGAGGAGGUGGUGCUGGUAGCGGAGAAGAAGAAUCAGGAGAAAGAGGAUCGGAUGAGGUUGGCAACCUCGUCAUUCUUGCUAGAGGAAGAGGAGGAGACGGACAAGGAGGAGGAGAAAAAAAGAUCAUCCUUCUUUCAGGAGAGCCCUAGCGGAUCAAUGACAAAGAUGCAAGUAAACGUUGAGAUGGACGACCUAACAAAGGAAAAGGACCAUCCAACAAUUAAAUUUGUACAGCCCAAUAGGAAAGUAGGUAACGAUAAUGGCGAUGGCGAGGGCAAUGGUGAUAACAAUGGCAAGGGCGACGCCGACGGUGAUGGUGACGAUGAUGGCAACAGGAAUGGUCAUGCAAGAGCCCAUGGCAAUGCAAAGGAAAAUCUAAUAAAAAUCAUAGAAAGAGGAAAUAUUGACGAGAUCACUCAGGAACUGACACCAAAAGCAAUGGCAAAGUGUGGCAGAAACGCGUUACUUGUUGCAAUGGAGGUAUGUUGAAGGAGUUUAUCACAAUGUCUGGAUAUGAACAGCGAACUCACUUUCAGUUUAACAUCAAACUAGACAAAACAUAAAAAAUGAAACACAUCUUUAUUUAAGAAAAAUCUUUACUACCUGGAUUAGUGUUAACCAGCUUUCGAAAAAUUCGGCCGUGGGUGAAGAGAGACGUACCGUGUGAGUUGGAGUAAAGUGUAUUAUACAAUACGAUGAUCCGAAUUAGGGCUCGAACCCAGAACCGCUCGAUCCGGAAGCCAACGCUCCUCUACUGUACAAAUAAUACAGUAAAACACUUUGAAUGCUUAAUUAUGAGGAAAGAGACGAUGGUGCUUCCAAAAACAGCUGAAUCCAUGGAUGUGUAUUAGCAUGCUAAAUUGUGCAACUUUGAGUGACGA